UGUGUGGUUGUUUCGCAGGAGUUCGGAUCCACCGUAGAUCUGUGGGUGCUUCGUGCUUAAGAGCCUACGUUUGCGCAGAUGCAGGGUUUAAUGUUACAUCAACAGCAAAAUGUAAAAAGUUUAAACUGUUGGGCUUUUAUCUUUUCCCGUCCUGGAUUGAGAUAAGCCUCUCCUCUCUCGAAGCGCACAUGCGGUUGGAGGAACAAAGUGACCCUAUGUUGUCGUUUGGAUUCUGGAGUGUGGUGACGAAUUCAUCACCAGAAUCCAUUGAUGAAGUUCGACUGUGCUGGAGCUGUACAACAGCCUAUGCAGGCAGUACUGCUACUCUUGGGAUAUUCGUCGACAAUGAAGAUAGUCAUUUCUUGUUGCAAAUUUAGUUGCAAAGUAGAGCUUCCGCGUUGAUGUUUGGUUGUGUGGCCAAAUUCAUGGAAUUACGACAAGGGAGUUAUUGCAACAGGGGAAUGAGAAGCCUGAGUUUGGGAGCGGGGAGUGUUGUUGCGCAGACAGAAAUGGCGACGGUGAUGGAUUUUGCGCGACCGGGUUCUCACUUGCUGCGACAUGAAUGCCUUUCUUCCUCUCAUGCCACUUCCUGCUCGUCAUGUGUAUUUCAUCGUCUCUCCUGCACUGCCGGUUGUUUGCCGAACAGCGUCACCGUGGCCGGCCCUUCCUCAUCAUGGACUUCUUUGGCUACUCAACUCGUUGUUGUACCCAUUGGACCUGCCCUAAAGAGCAAGAUGUCACAAGCGGGCCGUGCAAGGGCGGCUUCUGGAUCUGUUCAGCAGGAGGAAAUCGCGUCUGUGGGCACCAUGACUGUGGGCCAAUGCGCUGUGCAAGGUCUUCGCGAGGAGAUGGAAGACGAAAUUGCGGUGGUGGUAGAUGGUCCCAACGGAUUCUCGUAUGCUGCAAUAUUCGAUGGCCACGCAGGAGUCUUUUCAGCUAAAUUUUUGAGAGAUGAACUUUAUAAAGAGUGCUUAAAAGCUCUGAAAGGGGGUGGUUUACUAAAGUCAGACGAUCUGCACGAGGCUGAAGAAGCUAUAUCUCGAGCGUUUCUACAAACAGACAAGCGGCUCAUAUCACGGUUAGAAAAAAGCAAGAAGAUUGAGGAGGCAGAGUCUGGAUCCACAGCCACAGUUUUGUUUGUUCGCUCCAAUCGUUUUGUGGUUGCCCACGUGGGUGACUCACGUGCGGUGCGUUUCAAGGUCUUAAGCAGGAAUGGCAUAGCUCAGAAUCUUACAUCAGAUCAUCGACCGUUUGGGCGAGACAAGAAGUCUUUUUUGGAGAUUAAGAGAAUCCAAGAAGCAGGAGGGUGGGUAAGUCAUGGUCGAGUUUGCGGGACGCUUUCCGUGUCACGUGCGUUUGGCGACAUUCCUUUUAAAACUCAGAAGCAAAAGUAUGUCAAUCUUAAGCAACAACCUUGUCCAUGUGUCCUUAGGGAAGGAUCCCUUCCAGAUGGACAUUUUCAUGUUCAAGAGAUCUUAAUAAGGAUGUUGGAUAGUGGAGUUGCCGAGAAACGCUGGACUCAGAGUUUCGCUAAUGGGAGGACGAAAAAUAUCAGUGGUGAGUGGCUGAUUGCUAAACCAGAUACAAGUUCUAUGCUGGUGCAAGAGGAGGUCGAUUUCAUAAUAUUGGGCUCGGAUGGCCUUUGGGAUUCUCUAAACAGUGCUGAAGCCGUAAAUUUCGUAAGAAAGGGCUUGAGAGAGCAUGGCGAUGUGCAGCGCGCAUCAGAAGAAAUCGCACAGGAAGCUCUGAAUCGAGGCGGACAAGAUAAUGUCAGUGUGAUCAUUGUGGAUCUCGGGCGAUCAAAGGUAGAUCCUGUAAGUGUGGAAGCGCCAAGCUGGAAGUUCUGGUGACAAAUUGUGUUAUUGUAAUAAAUAGUGUUACUGGGGUUUUCUAAAUUUACGAUGUUAUCUUAAUUGGGAGGGCAUCUCCCUUUCCCAUAACUUUUCUGCUUGAUAAGGUGAGCUUAGAAUCACAUUUUCAAAUCUAUUGCUUGAGCGGCACAUAUUCGCUUGUAAAUCUACCAUUCAUUUAACUAGCAAAAUAUGAAAGAGAUAAUUUUUUGCUGAUA